UGAGACUGUGCGGGUUGCCGCAGAGGAAUACGGUAACAGCUGGAGAUUACGGUACUCUCUGGGCUACCGCCUGUACUACGUCAACCAGAGCCGCAAAGUUCCUCGCCGCUCUUUUCUGGUGUCCAGGAACUGAAUAUCAAACCGGUGAUCGUGGAGUUAUUGGCUUGCUGUACUUGCCUUUUCUUUUCUCUGAUAUUAGUCUUCAUUUUUAAAAGAUCUAGGAGAAGCCCAAGCGAGCCCGGAGUUUGAGGUGCUCGGCAGUAGUGAGUGAGUCAGCGGGUGCUAAGGACUGGGACUCGGUCUUUGGAGACCGCCCCUCUCCUUGCUGCAGAGAAGCAGCCGGGGCUGCGGGGACUGAAGGUCCGCUCUUCCCCAGGCCAGGACCUCCACAGCCGCGCAGCAGUUGGAUUCAGAUAAACGAAGUUCCAGGGCCACUUCGGUCUCAGCAAAUAUUUCAGACCCAUGCCACCUCGCCAGAGCAGCCGGCCAAGCUAAGAGUAUCUACCGGCCAGUGGCAGCGCCCAGAUGCCAAGGGUCCCUGCCUUUGAGCUUCGACGGCUGAGCCACACUUAAUUCCUCUUUCGGCAAAGACUGGCAAUAGACUUGUGAGUUUCUAAUUUACAUGCGAAUGCACAGGAUGGAUCAGACCACGCAGAAAAGCGAACUCCUGUAAUCUCUGAGACUGCAUUCUCAGCAUGUCCCCUUGAACCUGGCUGCAAGCCUCGGGUAGGGAAAGUGUCCCCAGCAGCCCAGAGCACCCCUGGCCAUGUCACCGUUAAUGCUCUGUGACUCAGUGUGGCCCUUUGAGGGUUUCCAGGGCUGCCCAGGGUGGUUUCCAACAGGUGUGUUCUCUAGCUCCCCCAGCCCAACCCAGCUGGCAGGAUUCCCCCAAGCUGAAGUUGUUUGACUUGGCUUCCUCACUUCCCACACCCCACCCCCACCAGAGGGUGGCCGUCCAGAGCCGGACCUUGCCCCCCUCCCUGGGACCAUGGUGCUUCUCGCUGAAAAUGUUUCCGAAGGCUCCAACUGCACCCACCCACCAGCACCAGUGAACAUUUCUAAGGCCAUUCUGCUCGGGGUGAUCUUAGGGGGACUCAUCAUAUUCGGGGUGUUGGGGAACAUCUUAGUGAUCCUUUCGGUGGCCUGUCACCGGCAUCUGCACUCGGUGACUCACUACUACAUUGUCAACCUGGCGGUGGCAGACCUUCUCCUCACCUCCACAGUGCUGCCCUUCUCGGCCAUCUUUGAGAUCCUGGGCUACUGGGCCUUUGGCAGGGUCUUCUGCAACAUCUGGGCAGCGGUGGACGUCCUGUGUUGCACAGCGUCCAUCAUGGGCCUCUGCAUCAUCUCCAUCGACCGAUACAUUGGUGUGAGCUACCCGCUGCGCUAUCCCACCAUUGUGACUCAGAGGAGGGGCGUCAGGGCUCUGCUUUGUGUCUGGGCUCUUUCCCUGGUCAUCUCCAUCGGACCCUUGUUCGGCUGGAGGCAGCCUGCGCCUGAGGAUGAGACCAUCUGUCAGAUCAACGAGGAGCCCGGCUACGUGCUGUUCUCCGCGCUGGGCUCUUUCUACGUGCCGCUGGCCAUCAUCCUGGUUAUGUACUGUCGAGUCUACGUGGUGGCUAAGAGGGAAAGCCGGGGCCUCAAGUCCGGCCUCAAGACCGACAAGUCGGACUCGGAGCAAGUGACGCUCCGCAUCCACCGGAAAAAUGUCCCAGCAGGAGGCGGCGGGGUGCACAAUGCCAAGAAUAAGACUCACUUCUCCGUGAGGCUGCUCAAGUUUUCCCGAGAAAAGAAAGCGGCCAAGACUCUGGGCAUCGUGGUGGGCUGCUUCGUCCUCUGCUGGCUGCCUUUCUUCCUAGUGAUGCCCAUCGGUUCCUUCUUCCCUGAUUUCAAGCCCUCGGAAACCGUUUUCAAAAUAGUAUUUUGGCUUGGCUACCUAAACAGCUGCAUCAACCCCAUCAUAUACCCCUGCUCCAGCCAGGAGUUCAAGAAAGCCUUUCAGAAUGUGCUGAGAAUCCAGUGUCUCCGAAGACGGCAGUCUUCAAAGCAUGCCCUGGGCUACACCCUGCACCCGCCCAGCCAGGCCGUGGAAGGACAGCAGAGAGACAUGGUUCGUAUCCCCGUGGGCUCGGGAGAGACUUUCUACAAGAUCUCCAAGACAGACGGAGUCUGUGAAUGGAAGUUUUUCUCUUCCAUGUCCCAGGGAUCGGCAAGGAUUACAAUGCCGAAGGACCAAUCUGCCUGUACCACAGCUAGGGUGAGAAGUAAAAGCUUUUUGCAGGUCUGCUGCUGUGUGGGGUCCUCGACCCCCAGCCUCGAAGAAAAUCACCAAGUUCCAACCAUUAAGAUCCAUACCAUCUCCCUCGGUGAAAAUGGGGAGGAAGUCUAGAGAACGGGAAAGGUCACAGGAAGAGGGGUGAUGCUAGGUACCUCCGAUUUCCUCUCAGAAGGCCAGUAAAUUCUUGAAGGACAAUCCAGGACCGUUCAAGGAGGUCCCCAUCUGGGAAAGGGAAGAGGGAGGGCACUAGUUCCCGGGGACAGUGGAGGAGGGCACAGGGUAAGAGGCAGGGUAUUUGGUAACUAAUUGAUUCUGAAUGAUGGGAGGCCCGUUUCCCUUCCGCUCAAACCCUCAGCCACUCUCUGAUCCUGCUUUCCACAACUGACCCUUUCAACAAGAAAUACCAUGGGAAAGAAAUUUUCAUCCACAAUCCAAAAGACUAUAAAUACAGGAUGGUGAUUUCAUUGUGAAUAUUUUGAGCACACACUCUAAGUUUGGAGCUAUUUCUUGAUGGAAGGGCGGGUAUUUUAUUUUCAGGCUGAACCCACUGGCAACCACAUUUGACAUUUCUGGAGAGGGGACAUAGAGAGAAAGGAGUAUAAGGUAGUGGCCAGCAUGCUUUAAAGUGAGUUUGGAAGCGCCACCAGAGUCUCAGCUUGGGUGAACCUGGACAGGGGUCUUCGCAGAAGUUGCUUUUUGAUGGGUUCCUUAUCCCCAGUUGAAACUAGGGCACAUUCUCCAUCCUUGGAUCCAAGGAGUAUGCACAGGACUAGCCAGGGAAAGCAUGCUUUUCUCAAGAGCAGAGGGUAUGGCCAGGGCAACAGUUGCAAGACCUGGUGAAGGAAGGCUUUCUUCUUUUACCUCCUUAAAGACCAAGAAGCUGGAAUGUGGAGGAUGCUAACAUCAAGCUAAUGCCCUGUUGUUCUGCCGCCUCUUUGAUAGGACAAACCACUCGCCCUUUCCAGGACUCCACAAUGGAAACUCAGGAAUGGCAGAAUACUGGCUUCCAUUUCCUCUCACCUGCUUCCUUGCUGUGUAGUGAAUGGGACUCACUGAUGGCACAUAGAGGGAGUCUCAGGGUCCAGGCACACCCCUCCUAAGCUUUCAAACAUACUGAUGCUCACCCUCAAACAUUUCAAUUGAUUGCCAAAUAACUGCCCAAAAUUGAUUUCUACUUUUUUCAGUAUGUUUUGCAUCCUUAAUAAUUCACAUUAUUAGGAAUGGUGACCAUGGCAAUCACACAUAAAAAUUAAAACAUGCCUGUCAUUCUUCCGUAAGAAUUGUAAAAUAAGGUUUAAUGUUUGUGGCACCAACCCUAAUAAGAAUCACAACUGCCAACAUUUGCCAUAACUUCUUCCCCUAAGAGCAUCUGAGCAGGUUGACGUUACUAUGAAACCUCCGCAGGGAGACUCCUGGUUCUUGCAGCUUUGCUUCCCCCCCUUACAUCAAACUGAACUCUGCCACAAGUCUUUCUACAGGCAAAUCUUUGUCCACAUCGCAAUGAAGGAAGUGCAUGCGUGUGGCUGUGGGUUUUGUGAUCGGUUGUCUUGGGGCUUUGAAUCUGACCUGCUUCCUCUACCCUUUCCUGGGCCGUGUCUUCUUGUUGGCCAGCAAGAGAGUUUCUUGGCCUUGUGUUCUUCUGAAAUUGGCUUUUGCUACUGAGAAACUGGCUGGGAUUUUAGGCUUUUCUUGGGCUCUCUGCAUAGCUCCUAACAACUCUACCAGAUGUGAGUGUCAAAGUAUCCAGGAAGAACUCCGGAAUGCAAGCCUGGCUCAUCUUCUCAAUAUAAGCUUCCUUGUUCCAAUUAACUUCCUUCUACAUCCACAUUCUAAAACUGACCCUUGUUCUUGUCAUCUCCCCAUAGAAGAACAUCCUCAUGGGGAGGAGCAGAGCCUUUCUUCAGCAGAGUACCAUCCCAUGCCACUGAUGAUCUUUAAAUCUCUGGGUGAAAAAACACAAAUGUUAAAAGUGGAAAACUUAGGCACACUAAAAAGCUACCAUUAAUGCCAGUUUAGGUCCUCGGAUAAAAACCAAUACUAUGCAUGUAGCGCUAUCCAUAAACAACUGCCCGCACACCCCGCUGGCAUCCCUCCCUCUUAAGGAAGCAAGUAUCUAACAGCUUUUUCCAUUCCCACAGCAGGGUGCUGACUAGAAACACAACAACUUUAUAAGAAAUUGAUAAUGUCACCAAAAAACAUGGUGACAAAAGUGGGGUAAACAGCAUGAAAGUGGAAUGUCUUUUUAAUCAUCGACCAAAAAAAAAAAAAAAGCUGUACCUUUAAGUGUGCCAAAAACUAUCUAAAAUGGUUACAGCCAAACGAAUGAUUGUCAUAUUUAUAUUCACGUGUUUACUGCUUCUAUUUGGAGUUUUAAGAAUUUACCCAGAGUAACCCCAGUUAAAAUAUCCUCUCUUGCGUGUUCUAAGAAAACGAUCGCUUUGGGAUUGUCUCUCUGUCACGACAUCAAGGGGGCAUUAUGGUAGGCGACUUUGAGACUUGUGUGAGAUUCAGACCGUGUGUAUGAGCACCUUGGCUCUCUUCACCCAAAAGUUUCUCCGGAGCAUCAGAGAUGCAGCUCAGUUGGUGGGGUGCUUGCCUGACAUACACAGCCCAGCAAAACCAAGAGUGGUGGCUCAUGAUUGUGAACUCAGCAUUCAGGAGGUACAAAGAGGAGAAUCAAGAAUCCAAGGUUAACCUUGGAUACAUAGUAAGUUUGAGCAAGCCUAGACUACAUGAGACCCUAUUAAGAAAAAACUCCAGGCUAUACCACUGCAAGAAAAGCUCUUCCUUGUCAUAGUCUCAUCCCAGACUGCUUCUGCACGGAAUUACUCUGCAUGUGACACCCUUUGCAAAGCACUGAAGCUUCCAGCUCUCAGCACUGACUCCGACUGGCCCAUUCAAGACAGAGAAUGAUAGCUGAGCUAUAAGCCCUCUCUUGUGGCGCUUCUCUUAGCUCCAUCACAUGUCAGGGAUCAGUGACUCUGAUCCUCUAGAAACUCUUCCAUUGCCAGUUUUAAAAUGAACUCUGGUGGUUGAGAAGGGCUAAGGACUUGCCCGUGGUCAAGAAGGAACUGUGGCUCAAGCCUGAGCCUCCCUCUAGCUGUUCACCUUCUACCUAGUACCUCUGCUUCGCACACUGGGACAGGAGAGUUUGAAUUGGAGAUUCUCAGGAGACUCUUCCACACCCCAACUUUAAUGGAAUUUAUUCCCUUGGGUUUUUUUUUCUACAAAUUAAUCUUAGCAAAUACACCAUCAAACCUUGUAUCUAUAAUUCCAACGAUUAGAGAGCAUUCCCAUCUCCAGGACAUAGUGCUCCCAGAUAUGGCUAAAACCUUACAAAGCGGAUAGGUUGUACUAGACCAGGACAAGAUGAGCAUAUACUUGAACAUGGAAGAAUUAGCCAAGAAUGGAAAGGCCCAAUGAUAGCUGGGACACGUACUGAGUGGUGUGUGGAAGUCAACAUGGGCACUUAGGAAGUAUGCCUUUUCGAAAAUAUAUACAAACAGCUGCAACACCAGUUCCCACACACCUAAAUUCCAACCUUUAUUUUACAAGAUAGCAAAAAGGGAAGAGGCCAGAGACAUCCCACCAGGAAGUACAGAGCCUGUGCUGGGCACGUGACUUUCCUGGAUGCCACUCAGAACGCUGGUCUCUGGGUAAGCCAGCGACUGGCAGUUUUUGAAGACGGGCCAUUGGUCAACAGCUGUGCAUGUUAGCUUGCUUCCUUUUCUAUAUGAGCCACCACGAAGACCUUUUAGCACAAUAGGUUGGGGGGGUGAAAGCCCAGGAGCAAAACUAUUUUAGGAAGCAUUUUCUUGAGCAGGUAAUUGUCCCUGUGUUAGUCACCGCUAACAAACAUUCCUCGCUGCUUCUGGGGAUAGCUCUGUCCCCAUCCUCUUGCCAAAAUAUGACACUGCCUCUCCGAUGAAUGCUUGCCGUCUUAAUUAGGGGAAGAGAUGGCUCAUCAGCAAAGGGAAUGGUGAACAGGUGGAAGGCAACAGAUGAGAGGCGAGUGAAAACCAGGGCAACAAGAGGAGACAGAGGUAGCAGAUGCGCAGGCAUCAGAGGCGCUCAUCGGUCACUCUGGUCUCUUUUUUACACUACCAGGGCUUUUAACCGUGAAACCACCUGUCCGUACACAGCUCCGAAAGAGCCCAGUUGGAACACAGCACCUGCUCUGGGCCUCCAAACUAUGCUGAGGAGCUGAGCUGAGGUCACAUCUUCCAAAAGCCGUGACAACAGUGGCCUCUGGCCCUCCAGGUUCCCUGCAAGAUGAAUGAGUGGACAUGACUGUUGUGGGGGCUGGGCCGGGAAGCGAGUUAGGAUUUUAGCAGCAUAUGAAGCCAGUCCCUGGGCAACAGUGCCAUGGACGGGCUCUCAUUCAUGUUUCCCGGGCCCUGUGGCACAUGAGCGAGCUGAGAAAGAGCCUUGCCUGCUCUCUGCGGGAGAAUGUCAUGUCUCAGACUGCCACUGCUGAACCUCCAAAGGCUGUAGGGGUGGCAGGGAGCGUUGAAGGAGGAGACUGCCCACAGCCAUGACUCAAAACAGGAAGGGUUAGUCAUGCUUUGCCGCAACUGACAGGAAAGAAACUGUCCUGAAACUGGUGGCUUAUUCACAAAGGGCAGAUAAUGACCUUUUCUCUCGUGUCGCUUGGGAGUUAUUGUCAUGCGGUCCCUGUCGCACACUCAAUGCAGUCACAUUAUAAGCUGGGUUUGAGGAUUGUUGAGCCAUGAAAAACACAGACUUAAUUAGGUGGGGGAAAAAAUCUUAGCACAACUUAGCAUUGCGUUUAGAGGGAAAAAAAAGAUGAAUAACCUGGUUUAUGAAUCAGGCUGAAUAAAAUAAAUGUAUCUGAAGGUCGUAGAGAAGCAGCUAAGACAGAAAUUCCAACAUGAAUUUAGAAUUUAUACACACACACAGACACUCACACAUGGAUAUAUGGGUAUGUGUAUUACCACAUACUUAUCGAACCUUUCUCGGGUCAUUCCAGUGUGGGAGAAGAAAAGGGAAGGAGCUUUUAUCUACAUUUGGCACGUGAAAAAAUAGAAGCCAGGAAUUAAGGACUUCUCUGAGCACCCUCAUAUCCAACUUUUCUCCAAGAGGCUUCCGUGUCCGCUGGUCUGCCAUGUAUUUUGACUUUCUGACUUCCAUAGCUCCCUUCUUCAGUUCCGGGUCAGAGCUCUGACUCUGACCGCACCUUCUCCCUGCCUGUCCUGGCCAACGGUUGGGAAGAACUUGUAGUACAUGGUCACCCAUUCUUGUUCCGUUGGCUGACAGACAGUCACCUGAUCAAGCUGCUACUGAUCCAGGGAAAUAGCUAGGGGCAGAAGGUGAUUGCUCUGCUCGGUAGGGCGACGUGUCAGGCAAAGUCAGCUGUGACUGUCCCCCUAAGGUCCUCAGGAAUACAAAGGUCCCAAAGGGAACCUGUGGGUCAUUGGGCACACUCUGAUCAGCAGUCCCCAAUGGCCACUCUCCACAGCACCACCCUGACAUGAAGCCAACGCAAGGCACAGACAGUCCCCAGUGUGCGAGCUGGCAGGGUUCUGACGGUGUGUUCAGAAGUCAAGUAUGUGUUUUUCCAAGAGGCAUUGUUACAAAUUGGGAGGUGCUCCUAGCGGAACCAAAAAUAAAUAAAUAAACAUCUGUUUAAUGUAUACCAGGAGUUGGUAAGCUUUUUCUAUAAAUGGCUAGAAGGUAAACAUUUCAGGCAUGGUGGUUUAAGUUCUCAGUUUUGGCUCUUUACUGGGAGGCUAUGGACAGUCCUUUAAAAAUGUAGACCCAUUUGUAGCUCAAAAGACAGCAAGGUUUGGACCGAAUUUAGCCCAUGGGCCACAGUUUUCCAUCCAUGCUCCACACCACCACUAGCUUGCAGUAUAGAGCCAAUACGACUGAACUGUGGCUGCGGGUGAUUGGCAUAUUUAUAAAAAAUAGGUCACUGAUGGGUCACCCCUGGAUGAAGUCAACAUUCCCAAACUUUGUGAGUUGUUACAUACAGCGGCAAGUUCACAUUGACAUCCUCAGGAUUUCAGGCAGGUGUUAGGAGCAGAGGGAAGGGUUUACCACUCCCCACAUUGUGCCCUAUGGGGCAGGCAGGUCAACAGAAGCCACAGUGAGUCCAGGGGUCUUCCAGACUUAGAAAGCAGUCUCCCCCUAUGACAUCUGUCCAUCUCAGAGCAGCCACUUGACCAAGACUGCCCUGAAAUUUCUCCCAGGUCCUCAGAACUCAUUGAAGUGGAGAUCCCUAGAAACCUUCGAGGCCUCUCCUAUGACCACAGUUCCCUGUGUUAGGGCAUUUGGAACCUACUUGGAACUCAUUAGGAAAAGUGACGGGACACAGAGAGCAUCUUCCAGAAGAAAAAUGGGAAUAGAAUUUUCUCUCGUGUCUCCCUCCUCCUAUGUCUCCCUUUCUUUCCUCUUUCUCUGUUUUUUGUUAAAUUGAAAUCACUAAUGAAUGAAAUAGAAAUGGCCCCAAUAUCAGAAAAUUUACUUAGCACUCCCUGAGAAGUGCAAAAACCAUGUUUCCCUGAGCUAAUGCUGCAAUGGAGGACCCCUUCCUUUCCUCUCCUGUCCUGAAGGGACAGUGAGGAGCAGGGCGUUUCCAGAUGCAACUAAGACUCAGAUCAUGUGACUUAGUGCAGCAUCUGAGUAUUGAGAAAGGAGACUCCAAGGCUGGGCCGUGGGUAGGACAGUGGAGGCAGAAAUAAUCUGUAAAGACCCGUAACUAUUGGCACCACAACCAAGCUGAGCCUGGAAAGAAAGGCCUGGGAGAUGCUGAAUGGCAGCCUCUCUUCCACACCCUUUCUCCAACCUCGUGCUGUGUCUACACCCUUUGUCCUUUCUACCUUAUGCUGAUUCCAUCUUAACCCCAUAAAUCAACCCUCCACUCCCGCCAGUUUUGCAGACAAUGAACGGUGUUUCAUUAGGCCCUUGUCUGUGGGAAACAUGCACCAUGCUGUGAAUAAAAGGAUAAGUCCCACAAGCCUGGACCAGAAAAUGAGGCCAGCAAGGCAAGAGCAUCCUCAGGGCACUGGCCCUCUCAGGACUUUGAGCCUCACCUUGGAUUUCUGCCUUUCUAUUCUUGGGUGAUCCAUCCCUCACAAAGGGCACGGGCACACUGUGAGGCCACAUUUCAGGGGUGCUUUGGCUUGGAAUGGUUUCCAGAGUACUUCUAACCAACCUCUCACAAUCUAGACACUUUUCCCAUACUCUCAAAUUCAACCUUAUUCUCCACCAUCACCUUCUGGCUCUUGCUUUUGUUCUCUCUUUCUUGUGAACUUUCUGUAUUAGGAGGUCACCAGGCUCUUCAAGGCCUUGAUGAACCCAUCGAGUAAACUCAGUCCCCCCUGCCCGCUGAGCAAUGGCUAAUCCAUCAGGAAGCACACCCCAGCUAGACUGUCCAUGGGAUGCUGCUUCCUCCAAAGCUCUGUUCCUUGUUCCUCUCCUACACUUUAUGCUGCGUGUUCCUGAAAAUUGGGAUUCCCCUUCUCGCCUACCCUGCCCUUGAAAGAGAAAGAUGUCUUCCCUGAAGACUCUUCUUCCACAUGAGUGUUCCCGUUCUUGCUGGUAGCUUCAGCAUUUGCAUCCUCAUGUUCAUUGCUCGGGCACAUUUUUUUUUAAUUUAUUUAUUUAAUUAAGGAUUUCUGCCUCCUCCCUGCCACCACCUCCCA